GUUGGGGUUCCCAAUGAGCGUUGCCGCCAGGCCCCGGUGCAAGGCGCGCCCAGCCAAUUGGCAGCGGCGGGCGGGCGGCAUAGGCGGUGCGGUGGAGGCGGAGCGGCCGCUGCGGCAGGAGGGAAGAUGGCGGACGAGGAGAAGCUGCCGCCCGGCUGGGAGAAGCGCAUGAGCCGCAGCUCAGGCCGGGUGUACUACUUCAAUCACAUCACUAAUGCCAGCCAGUGGGAGCGACCAAGUGGCAACAGCAGUGGCAGCGGCAAAAAUGGACAGGGGGAACCCACCAGGGUCCGCUGCUCACACCUGCUGGUCAAGCACAGCCAGUCACGGAGGCCUUCAUCCUGGAGGCAGGAGAAGAUCACCCGGACCAAGGAGGAGGCCUUGGAGCUGAUCAACAGUUACAUCCAGAAGAUCAAGUCUGGAGAGGAGGAUUUUGAAUCUCUGGCUUCACAGUUCAGCGACUGCAGCUCGGCCAAGGCCAGGGGAGACCUGGGUGCCUUCAGCAGAGGUCAGAUGCAGAAGCCGUUUGAAGAGGCCUCCUUUGCGCUGCGGACAGGGGAGAUGAGCGGGCCCGUGUUCACGGAUUCCGGCAUCCACAUCAUCCUGCGCACGGAGUGAGGGGGCAGGCGGCCCUGGCCUGGCCCGCAGUGGAGCGGGGUGGGCUGGGGUGGCUGGGCCCAAAGACCCCGCUUCCCGCCGCCAGCUGGCCCAUGACUUCACACAGUAUUUAUUGUUCCCAAAAUGGCUGGGAGAGGGGCUCUGUGCCAUUCAGGGCUCCCUGUUCGCCCCAGGCCGGGGCUGACCCCACCAGAUUCCCCUCUUCUUUAGGAACUGACUUCAGAAGGGCAGUGGAUUGGAGAGGCUCCCAGAGCUCCCAGACCCAGGGGGUGGGGGUGACCUGUCCCAAAGGGAAGGCCUAGUUAGCUGAGCUGCUCCCUGUCCCCCCCCAGGUCCAAGACGGGGCAGGAGGGCCUUACGUUGUUUCCAGUUAUGCCAUGUUCCUCUAUUCAGUUGCAAAAAGCAAAUGCUCCAUGUGGGGCCCAGGCUGCUACUACCCGGGGCCCGCUGAGCAGCAGUGCAGCCCCGCCCCCCAUUAAACCUGGAACCACU